AUGGUCCAGGAUGUCAUUUCACUUCAAUCUAUCAAUGGAAAAAAUCCAGGUAGGAACUUUUCAGUCCCUAAUGUUCGUUUUGUUUGCGGUACAGGAGAUAUGUUAGAGCGUCUUGCUGAUGGGAUUUUGGGCAUGGCUAGCUGGCUUUGUGGCGUAAUAUUUUUUGAUGUUGGUCCCUAUUCAAUUAAUCUUCUCACCACUCAUUCGCAAUCAUCCACUGACUACUUCAUUGCAGUUAAGACUCUUAAAUUUAAAUUUAACAAAACCCUGUUGUCUAUCGAUAAUGCAGGCAAGGGAGUAGCCAGGAUCAGUGCCGUCCAUCCUUACACUGUCUUGCAUACUUCUAUUUAUAAAGCCGUUAUUAAAGGUUUUGCCAAGCAGAUGAAAAUUUUCAUUCAAGUGAAUCCGGUUUAUGCUUUCAGUCAACUUGCAAUGGACAUCAAUGAAUAUGGACCGGUUGUUCCUUUUACUGAUCUUGUAUUGGAAAGUGAGGGUAGUGUUUAUUGGAGGAUUUGA